AUCACACAUUUAUUUCAUUCAAUCUUUGGAGCUCCAACCCUUCGGACUGUUUUGUGAAAUAAAAUUCAAUUUUUUCCAACUCUUCCAAGCAAAGACAAAAGCAAAUUACAAAGAUGUGCAGCUGGCCUUGCUAUCCCUCUGCCACCCUCUGCCCGUGCGGUGGGUGUGGACCCAGUGGCUUCUACGAUCCCUGCUUUGGACCCUACAAUGGUCCAUUCAACUCGUGGUGCGGUGCCAGCGGUCCAGGGUGCUGGGGCGGAGGCUGUUGCUAGUCGGCGCUGGACAGGACAGAUCACGCAACAGUCGGGAGGGUUUGAAGAUUCAAAAAUGCAAUAAAAAUGCUGUGUUUUAAGUAUA